AUGCCCUCUCUAGCAGCAACAUACACGUCCCCAACCUCCUCGUCCCAGACCUUCACCUCCGAACUCCCUGCACUAGCAUCACCGCCCUCAACAACCGACCGUGUCGCAUACCUCACCUCGCUCUCCUCGUCGCUCAAAACAAUGCAAAAAGACGUCAAUGAGUUCCUAACGCAAAAAAUGGCCGACGACAAAGCAGCCGACGAUGCGAAAGACGAGGCGACAUACGGAGAAGAAGUCGUCGAUGAAGAUUGA